UCCCUGAUCUACAGACUUUUUCCAAAUUCUUUUUCCAAGUUCUUAAUGACAUCAAUUAAAUUUUUUAAAAAUUACUCCAAAAUUCAUUCAUAUUCUUUAAAAUUUCAGUACUUGUUUCCCCAAUUAAUUUACCUAAAAAAUAAUUAAAAAUAAAAUGAGUAUAUCAUUUAACGACCAGCCAAAACUUGUUCUCUUCAUUACCCUGUGCUCGAUCUCUUUAGUUGAAUCAGCUUAUACUUACCAAAAAUUGAAUGAAUUAAUGCCUGAAUUGAGACAAUUUCUUGGCUUAACACAUCUUGGCACUCUACGUCCCUUAAAUACACCUAAAGCUAAUCAACAACCAAUACAUUUAUCAGCAUUUGCUAUACCAUCAUUCGCUGAUCAAGGACAAUUUCAGGCAUCAAAAAGGACACCUGAUUAUAACGAGUUACGAGUACGCAAAUCAAACAAUUUACGAAAUUUAAUGCGGAUUGGAAAACGGCAUUUUGAUUCAAACGAACAGAAAGGAAAUUCUGCAUUUGCUCCAAACGGUGAAGAACAAACUGGAGGCAAUAUUUAUUAUUAUUCUCCCAGUUUUCCAAUUGACAACCAAUUGCCGUUUAUUAAGCCAUAUCGCCCACAAUCAAUUUGGCUAUAA